AUGAAGGUCCUCUCCUCCCUCGCCGCUGCGCUCAUCGCGCUCAGCGCCGUCGACGUCGAAGCUGAGCACGUUCAACGAUCCCUCAUCUUGGGCGGAGGAAAAGUCCCCGUCGGCUCGAAGACGUACACGGUCGGCCUCCGGACAACUCCUGAAGGCGACACAUUCUGCGGCGGUGCUCUUAUCAGCCCCACUCACGUGCUAACUACCGCGUCUUGCACGGCCUAUGAGGAGGGCUCGUCGAUUCCCCACUGGGUCGCAGUGGGCACGCACUACCUCAACGGCAAGAAGGACGGCGAGCAGCUGAAGAUCGUGUCGGCCCAGAACCACACCCUCUACGACGCUAGCAGCUUUUCGUACAACCUCGCCGUAUUGACGCUUGAGAAGCCCAGCAAGUUCGCCCCCAUCAAACUUCCCAAGGCGGAUGGCUCGGACAUUUUCCCUCGUGUGUGGUCGAAGGUUAUGGGCUGGGGCGUCACCAGCUACCCGAACGGCAAGCCCUCCAACGAGCUGCAGAGCGUUGACGUGCGGGUCUGGGGCGACAACGCCUGCGAGAACAAGCUCGGCGUGGACAAGUCGUCGUUGUGUGCUGGUGGCGAGGCGGGCAAGGACUCGUGCGUUGGCGACACUGGCGAUCCGCUGAUCAAGGAAAACGGCCGCGGUGAUGCUGAUGACAUUCUGCUGGGCUUGUCAGGCUGGGGCACCGGUUGCGGAGACAAGGAUAUGCCCUCUGUGUAUUCUCGCGUGUCGGCAGGUAUUGAGUGGAUCAACUCGGUCAUCAAGAAGUAA